UCAGCUCAUGGGUUUUCAUUUCGUUUAGUGUCAAUCCAGAUAUCGUUAGGUGUAGGCUAUAGUCUCAUUUUCAUUUAACUAGCUCUACAUUAUAGACCAAAAUUUUGCGUUUUAGGAAAACAAAAAAUACCUAUAUAAAAAGAAAAAAAAUUAAAAAAUUUUUGUACACUUUUCAUCAGAAUGCCGGGAAAGAAUUUUUCAGCGGUGCAGCGACUCGCACACUCGCUUUAUGCACCACCGCGUACUUUUAGCGGUCGAACGUUGACGUGUAAGAGUUUUGAUCCUUUGAGCCUGCACAAUAGAUUGACCCACAUCCGUGCGUGGCCACAGCGGGAGGAAACCUUUGCGGCCAUCCAACUGAUGCAGCAGAACCGCAGCUGGAACAAUGUUAAGAAAUUUGGCAGCGCCGUUGGCCACAGCAUGUCGACGGCUCGAAGGGGCAUUACACCGCGGCGCAAUAAUAUACUGACGGCCAAAAGUGCCUCGGCAAAGCGGCUUGCGAUGUUGAGGGAUUUCUCGCAGAAAAAGACCAAAGCCGAAUCUCGCAAGAAGGCUGCAGUCGAUAGAUUUCAGUUGAUGGAAUCUACUUCCAAGAAAGCCAGCGCUAAGCGGGGUUACUACAAUGACGAGCAGGAUGAGGAUAAGAACGAGGACGAUGUGAUAAGGACGAGGACCAUUCGCGAUGCCGUCUUUGGUGUUCCGGAGAGCAAUGACGAGGAACGGAAGCAUCAACUUGAGGCAGAUGAGGAUCUUCUUAAGCGGGUCUCCAGGCAAAGACCUUUCAAUAGCCUGUCUAAUCUAUCCCGGAAAGUAAUCGCUCCUUAUCAAACCUAUAAGUCACAUCGCAAUUGCUGGGCAGAGUUUCGACAUCGUCUGGUAUAUGGUGGAUCGAGUUAUUAUUAAAUCGAAUUCUGGCCAUCUACGAAAUUCUUAACAUUCAAGCCAUUUUAAAAACUGUCAAUUGCCUUAUGAAUGUUUUUGGUGAUUUCGCUUAUAAAUUAUUCGUAUAACAAUUAUCUAUAAAUAUAAUCUGUAAUCGAAAUAUAAACAGAA